UGAUCUCUCUAGAGAUUACACUGUUCUCAUUGGAGAUUGGUACAAAUCCAACCACACGAACCUUGGGAGCUUCUUAGGAGCUGAGAGUGAGAGCAUCAGUCCCAUGAUCAUAGUAGUGAAGUUUCUCAACCUUAGCAUUCAGUCUUCUGGUAUAACUGUUUACUUUGGACUCGCUUUUGCUGCAAGUGAGUUUUUCACUUCAAAUGGUUUUCCUUGUCCUCCUUUCAUGAUUCCAUCUGAUCAUUUACUAAAAACCAUUAACAAGGAUUUCGAUCAGGUGGUACAAUGUUUAUUUUGGCCUAUAAGGAGGAAGCGUAUUACACUUUGGUUUAAAUGAUCCAAUAUAUUUAACAUAAAAUUACAUUCAACUUAACUGGAUAUCAUUUACU